UUUUAGUUAGAACAUUCUAGUUCUAAAGUGUUGAUUUGUUGCGAACAAUGUUGCUAUAUGUACUCCUACCUCUUUGCAGGAUUCUAGUUUGUUUUGGUGGUGCCUUUGUUUAAUUUGAAAAUAUAUUUUUGUGAUAGUCUGGUUUUAAAGUGUCGUGUAUAUGUGACAAGUUUAGUUUACAAUGGAUGAUAUUGAUUGUGAUAUUGUAGGGAUCGAUGAUGAAGUGGAAGUAACUUCUUGUGUUGAGAUAAUAUCUGAAGAGCAGAAGAUGGCUCAACCCAGUUAUGUUGAAGACUCUAGCGACUCUGAUGAUGAUCCCUAUGUUGCUCCAGCUCAUUUAGUACAGAUUAACGCAACUAAAGCUGAAGUUGACCAAAUGAUCAAUUCAUUUAUUGCUGGAAGGCGAGCAAGAGUAAACCAACAAAACAUUCGUGAAUUUUGUGGUCCUGAUUAUGAUGGCGAAUCCUGUGCCAGGGUUAGUGCUGUGCACUUCACAAAGAGGCUAGUACAAGUUGAAGAUGCUAAAAAAUACUGGGAAAGAUUCAAGAAGAAAUGAUGUUCUUUAAAAAACAUUUUUAUACUGUGUAUAUACAAAGCCUUGAUUUAAUGUAAGAAUAAAUGUUUCUUUUGAUUUUGUUAAUA